UACUCGGGUGUAAAUAUUAGCAUUUAAUAUGUAUGUAGGUAUGUGCGAGGUGUGCGGUAGCUGAUGACCGAUUUUAAAGCAAAAAAAAAAAAACGACAAAAAUUACAAACACAAAAUUCAAUUGAGUACUGUAGCAAUUGAGAGUUUCUGGUGGUUAAAAGAAGAAUUUAUUAUUUCUAGCAAUUAUUGCAAAUUUACACUUUCAGUUAUACGAAAGUAUCCAACGAAUACAGAGCGAAUAUUAAGUGAUUGUUUGUGGUGAAAGAACGUGUGAAAAUGACUGAAAAUUUUUAAUUGAAAAGCGCCUGAAAACACACAUGGCUAGAGACAUUUGAAGAAGCAAUAUAUCAAAAAGAUAUUUUAUGAAAAAGUGAAAAACAUUAAUAUAAAAAGUUAUACGUGCUAUGUAAGACAACAAAAAGAGCAAAUAAAUUUUUAAUAAAAACAAUAUACAACAACAAAAUAGCGACGAGUUCAAAGUUGGCAAAAAGAGAAUUUUCAUAAUUUAUUGCAACACCAAAAACACGCAAGGUGGAGUCUAAAUGCAUAGAACAAAAGAAACAAAAAAGAUAACAUAUUAAAUACUAAAAAAAUAAAUGAAUUGGUUCAAACAUUUUAAUGACUUUUAAUGCUGACGUGUACUGUGCAGAGGAAAAUUUAUAUUAAGAAAAAUUACUAAAAAUAUACAGUUGAAAAACUGGAGGCGUGAGAAACGGAAAUCUAAAGCAGAAAAAAAAAAUAAUAAUAAAUAAAGAAUUGUGAACUUAAAUAGAAAAAUUCAAAAGAAGAAAGAUAAUAAAAAACACAAAAAACAUUUAAGAACUAAGCUGUAAAUUAAAAAAAAAAAAUUAUAAUAAAAUAAAUAACAAAAAGACAAAUUACAAAUUGAGAACUGAAAAAAUCUUAACAAAUUCUUGCAUAGCCAAAGCUCAGUGGCAGAACUUGUGACGAAGACAACCGAAAUAAGUUCGGCAGAACAAAACAGACACCAGUGCUCUCUCCCUCUCAACAUUGCAAGCGCAUAACUCAGCAAUAAGAAGAAAAAAUCACAAAAAAUUGUACCUAAAUACGUAAUCUCAUACGAAAUUCGUCGGCGAGAACGGCGCGAAAAACUUCCAAAUUCUUGCAUCAUUUUCUGACGCUGCGCGAAGAACGUCAUCGUACUAUUGCAUAUUUUCUCCAAGCUGCUGGAGCGUGCAAUUAAGCAACGUAUAUAUAAAAACCUAUCAUGACAAAAAAGGCAAAAAGCCAAAAAGAAAAGUGAGCUAGGCGGAGCGCCACAUCGUCAAGGUGUAAAGAAGAGUGUGCGAACACGCUAAAAUACUUUCCUGUAUUACUGAAAUUCUGUUCGCCAAGGCCCAGCAUCAGCCAAUGCGCGUCACACACUCUACGUAUAGACAUUACAAAAAAAUUUCAUUAAUACAUACAUGAUAUAUGUAAAAAUACAUAUAUAUAUAUACACACAUAUAUAUAUAUAUAUAUAUUUAAUUAUUUGCCGAAAACUUUGCUGUGCUUGCGAACUUUGCCGAACUGAUUCGAGUGGCACACCGCGCACCCGCUCCCAUCAUCUGUUUGCCGGUUCGGCCUUGUUCAUCCGCUUCAAGUUGACAAUUUUUCCCGGCAUCCGCUGUCUGUUGGCAGCGUCAACCACGCUUUUCCUUUGCAGCUGUCUUCGUUUGUGCGCUUCGUGUGCUCGCACCAACAUACACACACACAUCAGAUAGGAAUUGGCAAUCGUUUGCGCCUUCGGCAACCUUCAAAGCAUCUGAAUCGGCAACAUCAACAUCAUCGGCAUCAUAGACGUCUGCAGGCGCCAAUUUUUCGAUUCACAGCGAGGUAUAAUCGGACGUGUGGCCACGAUACGCGAACAGUCUACUGAAAUCCGUUGUUGUCGUCGUUCGCUCGUAGUUGAAAUUUGCGGCGAAAUAAUUUGUAAAAUUCGUUAUCCGUCCAUGCCAUGCGCGAUAAAAUCACACAACUAUUUUGCUUGCAAAAGAACGCAUGCAAAAAUAAUACAACAGAUAAUCGAGGACAUAAUGUGCCAAUUAAAGUCACGAGCAACGGGACAACGAGUGCCAAUGGGUCUUUUGGGGCAGAAGGGCCCGAAACAGAGACCGACUCAUCAGGGACCGGGGGGAUGCGGAAGUCGUUGGAGAGGAAGGGCUCAGCGCCGAACGACGCUGUUCACCUCCAGAGACGGGUGGGACUCUUCAGUGGGGUGGCUUUAAUUGUCGGGACCAUGAUAGGGUCUGGAAUAUUUGUGUCACCUUCAGGUCUACUAGUUCGUACUGGUUCCGUUGGUGUUAGCUUUAUUAUAUGGCUGGCCUGUGGUUUGCUCUCCUUGUUGGGCGCUCUGGCAUAUGCUGAGUUGGGUACGAUGAACACAUCGUCUGGCGCUGAGUGGGCAUAUUUUAUGGACGCAUUUGGUCCGGCUCCCGCAUUUUUGUUCUCAUGGGUAUCGACAUUGGUCCUGAAGCCAUCGCAAAUGGCUAUAAUUUGUCUCUCCUUUGCGCAGUAUGCAGUUGAGGCAUUCGUCACCGAAUGCGAUCCACCAACAUCGGUGGUUAAAAUGGUUGCACUGCUGGCAAUUGUUAUGAUACUGUUCGUGAAUUGUUAUAGUGUGAAUCUGGGCAUGGCUGUGCAGAACAUAUUCACCGCUGCCAAAUUGGUUGCCGUCCUCAUAGUGAUUUGCGGCGGCGCCUGGAAAUUAUUCCAAGGCAAUACACAACACCUGUCGAAUGCAUUUAGUGGCGACACACCCACCUUGGGCGCUGUAGCGACCGCUUUUUACACCGGCCUCUGGGCCUACGAUGGCUGGAAUAAUUUGAACUAUGUCACCGAAGAAAUCAAGAAUCCAAGCAAGAAUUUGCCACGUUCCAUCAUAAUUGGCAUACCAUUGGUGACACUGUGCUACGCGCUCAUCAAUAUAUCAUAUUUAGCGGCGAUGUCACCCACCGAAAUGAUUGACUCAGAAGCCGUCGCCGUGACCUUCGGCAAUCGCAUACUGGGAGCUAUGGCUUGGCUAAUGCCGCUAAGUGUGACAGUGAGCACUUUUGGUAGCGCCAACGGUACACUCUUCGCGGCUGGACGUUUGUGCUUUGCCGCGAGCCGUGAGGGUCAUCUAAUGGAUAUACUGUCGUACGUGCAUGUACGUCGUCUAACACCAGCACCAGGAUUGAUUUUCCAUUCGCUCAUCGCUACCGCCAUGGUCUUGUACGGCACCAUCGGUUCAUUGAUUGACUUCUUCAGCUUCACCGCUUGGAUUUUCUAUGGCGGUGCUAUGUUGGCGCUGAUUGUUAUGCGUUUCACCAAACCCAACUAUCCAAGGCCAUACAAAGUGCCUAUCAUCAUUCCUGUUGUGGUGCUGGUGAUCUCAAUAUAUCUAGUGGUGGCGCCGAUCAUCGAUACACCGCGCAUCGAAUACUUAUAUGCGUUACUUUUCAUCUUGGGCGGCUUGAUAUUCUAUGUGCCGUUCGUCAAACUAGGCAUGACACCAAGAUUUAUGAACAAAGUGACACUUUUCUUCCAGCUGCUGUUGGAAGUGGUGCCAACUUCAUCGAUGUUCGAAUAAGCAAUUAAAAAACCAAUUUCAUUAAUACCGGCUGAGACAAAAAAAUAUUGAAAAAUGUGUUACAAGAGUAACAAGAGUAACAAACAAAAAAAUAUAACAAAAUUUUAAUCAUUCAAUGCAAAGUAAAGGAGAGACUAUCUAUUCAGGAUCUGAGAGAAUAAUGUACGUACGAAAUAGGUUAACUGUCUAAACUACAUAAUAUAGCAGAGCAGUAAACACAAAUAUUCAACUAUGAAACGUGUUGCAGUUAAAUAAUAGAUUUACAAAAAAAAAAUUUAUAUAAAAAAAAAAAUUAAAAAAAAAAAAAAAAAAUUAAGAAAAUAUAUGCAUUAUAUAAAGUUUCUGCUAAAGACCUACAUAUAUACAAUAUUAUAUAUUUUUUUAGUUGUAAGCUUAUUAGAAUCAUCAGAUUGUUGUCAAAACUUAGUAAAACGUUUACAAAACAAUGUUAUUGUUUCUAAAACAUUACAUUAAAUGUGAAAAAUGUAGCUUGAAUUGCUAUAAAAAAAGUUUAUUUAACUAGAUGCGAUGAUAUAGUUAGGAUUUAGUAAAUGUAUAUUUAGGUACAUAAUACAAAAUAAGUAUGUGUGCUCAUGAUAUAUGCUAUAUUUGUGGUAUAUUAUGAUAUAUAGUGUUUAGAAAUUUAUGUAAAUUGUAACUUUUAUGAGCUGAUGUUUGAGAAAUGGUGGAACAGUGAGCGGCUGACGACAGCAGAAUAUUGAAUUUUUGAUAAAAUAAUGAAGAAGCCAAGAGCAAAAACGAGUUAAGCAGCUGACUCAGCUAAACAGCUGUUAUUUGAGUGAGGUUAUGGCGUUUUCUAGUUAAUUUAAUGAGGCAUUUUUAUAACAACAACCAUAAAAAUAAGUGAAGAAAACUUAAUUGUUGAUAUAUUGUAUCAAGCUGGUUCAAAAAACAGUUUAUAGAGAAACAGACAGUUGAAAAACUGUUAUUUGAGUGAAGUUGUGGCGUUUUCUAGUAAAUUGAUAGGGGUAUAAUUAUCGUUAUAACAAUAACUUUAAUUAAACAUGCUUACUUGCUGAUAAAUAGGCCUUCCAGGUGUUCAAAAAAAAUUUUUUCCAACUACCCACUCUUUUAGAUUUCAAAUUUGAUUCACAAGUUGGUGUAAAUAAAAUAAUGCUCAAGACAAAAUACUUACAUUUCUGCAAUCCAAAAGCUGCAUAUCAAUGUAAAACACUAGCAAAACACAUUCAAAUCAAAAAUAUUCUAAAAUUGUAUACAAUAUUAUCCUCAUUCAGCAUCAGCAUUAUGCUGCUCAUUGGCCUUCAUCUGUCAUCGUCAGCUAAAUUUCAUUGAACAAAUCAGAAUUUUAACGCAUAGCAAUAUUUUAAUUCGUAAAAGUUUAUGGAAAAGGAAAAAGAAAACGCAAAAAAUCAAUAAGUUAGACUAUACGAGUAUUCGCUCUAUAUAUGUAUAUUUUAGAAUCGUUUUAAAAUCCUAACCGGAAAAAAUUGUGAAAACCAUGGGACUGCUGUAGGCAUUAAAUUUAUUAAAUAUUUAUAAUUUACUAAAAGGACAAUGGAAUUUAGAGUUAUAGAACUGCAAAGCUACUUAUAUAGAAAUUGUUAUUUGACAUACCCUACAAUAAAAAAUAAAACAAAAUAAAACAGCUUCAAACACAGCAAAAGCGGUAAGCUAUGAACUUAUUAGUUCAAAAUUGUUGUAAUUAGCAACUAAAACUAUUGCACACAACUGAAAAGUCCAAAAGCUUUCGAACUUGCUGUGUACAAAGCUAAAAAAAAAUAUAAAAAAACAUUGCUACAAUUUAAGGAGCAAAGUAAAACAAAAAUAAAAAUAGAAAAAUAAUCCCAGAAAAUCACACAAAAAUUAUUGCACACCGCUUACUACCUAGAUACCAUUUGAUAUUUGGUUAGAAGUGUUUGAAGCAAAUAAAAAUAAAUUUAUAUUAUCA